AAUUUACAGUGCGCAACAAGUAACGACACGCAAGUUUUAUUCGGUGUGGAAAGUAUGGAAUAACGCUGAAGAUAGCAUCACUAUUGUCGUCAUUGUCGUUACGGAUAUUCAGUUCUGAAGUAUUUCAUUGGUAACAUUGUAACUGGUUACACAGUUUUUUGAGGAACCAAAUGGGACUGGCUGGUAUGAUUGCAGCAGGUACGGUGGCUACAAGCGCUGUCGCUGUAACGGCUGUAUGUGUGCCGUUUGUCACUCCAGCAUUGCGUAAAAUCUGCAUACCAUAUGUUCCAGCUACGCCACAACAACUGCAAAAUGUUGCCACUGCGUUGUCAGUGUGUCCAACUAAAGUCUCACCUCUUGUCGAUUUGGGUAGCGGUGAUGGACGUGUUGUUUUACAAUGUGCCAGAGCAGGUUAUUUGAGUGUUGGCCUGGAAUUGAACAUCCCACUAAUACUGUAUUCACGGUGGAGGGCUCGUCGAGAAUGUCUUUCACACCUUACUAAAUUUUAUCGUAAAGAUAUUUUCAAAGCCGAUCUAAAGCAAUACAAAGCAGCAAUCAUAUUUGGAACUGAAACUUUGAUGAGUGACUUGUCGAUGAAAAUUGUAGAAAUGAAGAUUGGUUCCUUUUUGAUAGCUUGUCGUUUCCCAUUACCGCCAUCUGAGGGGAACACUCAGUGGCUGUUGCUUUCCACCGUUGGAAGUGGCUUUGAUAGUGUUUGGUUGUAUGAAAAAAUUUGUUGA